GGCUCAUUUUUCAAAAGUUUCGCUAGUUACUGCGGUUCUGGGUAUUCUUAGUAUAAGCCUUCAUCAUUUUGCUUAUUAUCGUAAAGAAUUAAAAAAAUCAUUGCAAUGAGCAUAGAGACUGCUCCGUAUACUGUUUCGAAAGCUUGGACUCAAGAAAAAGUUGAACUGCGUGAGUAUAACUCUUUACGAUGGGUUUGCGCCAUGAGUCAUGAAAGUUCAAUGGAUAAGGCAAGUAAGGAGUGCUUUUGGAAAUUGUUCAGGUAUAUUGGUGGGAAAAAUGCACAAAAGGUUAAAGUACCGAUGACUGCUCCAGUUACUAUUGAAAGUAAACCAGAUAAUCAAUCUGUCAUGAAAAGAUGUUUUACAAUGGGUUUUUACAUUCCUGAGGCGUUUCAAUCAAAUCCACCUGCUCCAACUGAAGACGGGGUAUUUAUAGAAACUAGACCAGCCAUGAAAGUUUACUGUUGUGCACUCAACUCAGCGUGACAGAAGUUUGAACAACAAGGAGGUAAAACACAAACCUGAUACCUAUUGCGUCGGAACAACAAGUUAGAGUAGCGAAAACAAGAGUUCAUAUGGAAUUGACAUCGGUAACUUUUCGAUCUUCCUGUUCCUUCUGCUAACGUUUAUUGGUUAGAAAUGAAUCAAUUAGCAUGUUUAGAAUUAAGCUUAAACUAAGCAUUCGACCGUUAAAGUUCUAUUAUGUGCAUAAACUUCACUGCCAACCUAAAUCAAAUAAAUAGUUAUACCAUAUGUCGACUUUUUCAUUGCAAAUUCUGUAUCAGAAUUGAAGAGUCUGAUUGGUAUUAGCUAGUACUUUUCUUUUUCUAUGUUUUAUUCUGUUAGUCGUUGUUUAAAUGUUUUGUAUGAUGGUGUACCCACCAAGUAUUUUUACUUUUAAACUAUGGUCACUAUGAUUCAAAAAAGUGCUAGCUCUUAGUUCUAAUCUCUUGACGUUUCAAAGAUGUUAAGCAUAGUAUCCUGCAUCCUUUAAAAUAACUAAAUUACUUUCAUGUAUACAGAGGUGUUGAACAAAACAAAACAAGUUCUAUGGUUCAUUUCAUAUAAAAAAAAUAUAAGGUAUUUAAUUUACUUUGUAAUGGUAUGAGUUGUCCAGCUGUUGAUACUCUUUUUACUAAAAUUUGAUCAAUCUUAGUUGAAAUAUUUGCACUUUAUGCGGAUUGCUUCGAUAUAGCCAUUAUGACACAAGUUUACGUAGAAUAUUAACAAUGGAGUAGGUCAAACCAUUAGAAAUUAAAUUAAAAUUUAUAUCCGUUUUACAACUGAAUAGCUUUCUGGAAUCAAUGUCUAAACGGAUAACUUGUUGACGUUUAAAACGAAAAGUACUAGGUGUAAACACUCUAGUGGAAAUCAACUCUAAGAUGUAAGUACAUACAGCUGACGAGUCUCGAAUGGGACGAAACACGCAUAUUAGAUCUCAGCACCAACCAUAUUUCAUCUAUUCUAUAAAAUAUUCAAUUAGUUUACUUUAUUUCAUUUUCUUUUUUAAAAAAAUUUCAUAUAAAGGACCUAUUCAGGUUUUUCAAAUAAUGACAAGGCAUUAAAUAAUGCACGUAAACUUGGUGAAAGUCUCGAUCAACUUGGUUUAAAAUAUAUACCAGAUCCUUUUUAUUUCGCUGGUUAUGAUUCACCAUUCAAAUUAAUUAAUCGUCGAAAUGAAAUAUGGUUUAAAGCUCAAUGAAUAAAUUUCUGUUCUUUUUAUCUUAAUGAAAAUAAUGAGUAUUUACUUUAGAGAGAGAUAGAGAUAGAGAGAAGGGGGGAAAGAAAGUGAAGCACUUAUCAGCUGACAACGUUUCUUUUUUUUCUGCAUAGAACUUUGUUUCUAUUCUUUGUAAUCAUUAAAGAGUAUAUUAUGUCACAUUUCUUUAUAUUUUAUGGGAUAAUUGUUUUAUUACACCUGAACUCUUUUUCACUUAGAUAUAUAUGAUUGGUUCAUUCUGUAUCUAUGUGAUUUCACGUGUUGUCUUGUUCUCCACACUACUCAUAUUACUUUCUGUAUAAGUGUACUUAUUUCAUUGUUUGGAUAAUAAUCAUAACAACAAUAAUGUACUACUACUACUACUAAUAAGAAUAACAGUAAUAAUACUUAACUCAGGUGGUCGUAUAUACUCUGCAUAAUCAUAAUAUAUACCUAGUCUUUUUUGUUAGAAAAACCUUUUUUUUCAAUUCUAUAAUCUCAGGUCAUAGUGUUACUUACAUUUUUUUCUGAACAAUUCAAAGUGUUGUGCUUCAGAAUUAAAUAGAUUGUUUUUUACAAUAUAAUCAGUCUUAUAAUUGUUAUUUGUAUACAAAUGAAUGUAGAUGAAAAGAAGAAGGAAAUGAACAUUACGUUGUUGUUAACAUUAGAUUUAGUUGGUUUUGUGUAAUUAAAACAGUUUAAUAGAGAGGAAGUGAUUUCACUGAUACAAAAAUAUGAUUGAUUUUGAUUAUGCGUUCCCUGAAGAAUUGAAGAUACUCGUAGAAUACUGGUAUUUUCCAAGUAUCGUUCGCAUAUUUUGAGACCACUGAGUGAACAUUGCCGAGAUUAGAUUUGAGGUACGUGAUAAACAUUACAAAUAGACUGGUGAAAUAAUGAAUCUACAUCAACUGAGGCGGUUGGGACAUGUUUAAUGCAUGCUCUAACUUGAUUGUUGAUAUUGUCUGGGGUAGAGAUACGCUGGAGGAAAGCUAAGGGCAACCAAAUCAAGAAGUGACACCAAUGCACGAGGGUUUUAACAAUCGAAGUGAGCUAUAUCAAUAAGUGCAGACUACCUGAUUGUGGUCGGUGUGAUUAUCGCAAUCAGUGGCUAGAGUAUUUGGAUGGCAUGGCUUAGAACCGUUUACCACGGCAUAUUUGCACUCACUUAUUGUCUUUAUUCAGAACCCGAGUCUCGAAAUUUCGAACCUUUUUAUUUUAUUUUUCUAUGCCUGAUCUCGAUUAUUACUGAUACUGUCACAAACCCUACUCUGUGAUUCGUUUUUAAAUAAUUUCAUCUCACUGUUCUAAUUUGGUAUUGUAACUUGGGCCAAUACACAUAUUUAUCAGGUUCUACGUUUCGUAAAUCUCUAUCUCUAAACCAAUCAUGUUUUCUUUGAGUCAUGGUGUUCGACUACAAAAUUCUCACAAUCUUUUCUCGGGAUCAGGAUCUUUUCAAAACAGUAGAUUAAAAAGCUUUGAUGAAUGCUUUAUUUUUUUAACUUAAUUAUUGUCACCCUUGCUUAUAUACACGCUUUUAUUGACGGCUUAUUAUUUAUUUAUUCGAACACAAACACUGGUAGAGGGGGGCACCAAAUACAUAUGUGCCACACAAUAACAGUGAGGUUGUGAAAGGAUAGAAAAUUAAUGUAAAGUGCAUAUAAUAAAAAGGACAAUAAAUUACAGAAAUUGGUGUGAGAGUGAAAUAAUAAUAAUAAUAGGAGAGGCAGUUCAGUUGAGCAAAACACAACCAGAAAGAAUUCUUUCAGUUAAGAGUGAUACGUUCGUUUUUGUGAAGAAAGUAAAAGAAGGUUACAGCAGGAUCGCCAUUGGCUUCUAUUCUGAGCCAUAUCUGAUAACGUCUCUAGCCACUGUGUUGCACCAUGUCUUAGAACCCAAUCAGGGAGUCAUAAAUGACCAACAGAAACCAGCCCUUGGUAGCUUUCUUCCAUAACACGACACCUUGUCAUACACUGACCACCUCUCUGCUUUUUCCAAUCGGUCCUGGUGUCGGAAAAUGAUGGACUUAGUGGAAAUCUCUGGCAAGACAUUCAUAAGACAUGUCCAAGCCACAGAAGUCGAUGUUUCAAGAUAGUGGCACUAGUUGAAUGGUUGUCACUGUGCCCGAACACACGAUGCCAAACCUCUGCAUUACUAACAUGGUGUUGCCACUACAUGCCAGCAGUCUUUCGAAAACAACGUUGAUCAAACACAACUCAACUCGAAGAGGCCAGGUUUCACAAGCAUAGAGCAACACUGCCCUCACCGAUGUGUUGUAGAUCCGACCUUUUACAGCCAGACUAACAUCAUAAAAGCGCCAAAGAUUACCCGGAUUGACACAAGCCGAUCUGACAUUCACUAUACGUGACUUGAUCUCAUCGUUCACGCCACCACCAGCACUUACGCAGCUACCCAGAUACACGAACUUCUGGACUACGUCUAUCUGCU